AUGAAGAUCGUCUUUUUCGCUGCAUUGGUCGCCCUGGCGGGCUACUGGAUGAACCAGCUUCUUUACACCUGGCUGCCCACCCAAUACAUCUUUGAUCCAAAAACUCUGCAAGAGAUUUCCAACACCGUGCUUCGCAAGCACGAAGCAUUCGAAAACUCGACUACUGAGGCACUUUUGAAAGACCUUCGUGAUGAGCUUGCUCUUUACUACGGUGAAGAAUACAUCAACAAAUGGUCUCGUGACGAAUGGGUUUUCAACAACGCCGGAGGAGCCAUGGGCCAGAUGAUCAUUCUGCAUGCGUCUAUUUCCGAGUAUCUCAUUUUCUUUGGCACCGCUGUUGGAACCGAGGGCCACACUGGAGUGCAUUUUGCGGACGAUUAUUUCACCAUUUUGAAGGGCGAACAAUCUGCUUCGCUCCCAUACAGCUUAACGCCCGAGAUAUACAAGCCCGGUGACUGUCAUCACUUGGUCAAGGGUCACGCCAAACAGUAUCGUAUGGAACGCGGUUCUUUCGCGUUGGAAUUGGCUCAGGGCUGGAUUCCAUGUAUGCUUCCGUUCGGAUUCUUGGACACUUUUUCGAGCACUCUCGACGUUCACACUUUGGCUGUCACGGUUUAUUUGACAGGACGCGAUAUGCUCAAGAAUCUCUUCAAGAAUGGCAAAUUUUAA